UGUUCCUGACGAAAUAUUGUGGUUUUAUGUCAUGUUUGCUGUGGGGAACUGAGAGCUCGAAAUAGGGUUCCGUUUUUCGAUUUGGAACACGACUUUGGAAGCAAAUCUGUUCAACCCAUGGCAUUGUUCCUGAUGCUCUCUGCCGUAAUUACGUGCCUUGUUGUGUUGACAACAUAGCAGAGUUUUGUAUCUCGUGUGUCUUUACUCGGAUAUGCCAUUGUCCACCUUUCUGAGUCCGUGAUGUAAACAAUGUGGACAUAGUGAGUAUUUAAUUUGGUCCACCAGAUUCCAGUUGCCAAUAAAUGGUAUUAGUGACCUUUUUUAUGAAGGUAGCUAUAAGUCUUUAACAUCUGUCUGGAGUGUCAUAAUGGAUGAAGUUGUGCAUACCCCAUCUGAUGGAGGACCUCCUCCUGAUGAUGAAUCAAGACUCAAUGAAUCGACAAGCACAUCACCCAUUCUCACUCGACAUUCGGUCCGGCUACGGACACCCAGAACUAUUGGAUCUAGUAGUGGGUGGAUUCAUGCAGGAAACAGACAAUCUUCUAUAACUUCAGCAGAGGACACAGGCUCUUCUAACCUUCAGGUGUCAGCUCCUGAAUCUUUUAAUCAAUUGGAGGAACAAAGUGAACACUCUAAUCUUCCACCCAUUGAAGACAGAGAGUUGAUCAUCCAUCGUCCUGAUAAUAUUUCUGUAAUUGUCCAAGCUGGUGAAAGUGUUGGUGAAGAUCUUGGAGUGUCUUCUUCCUCUGAUGUGACAGAUGACCGCAAUAUAGAUGCUGUCAACGAAGCUAUCAGUGUGGACAGUGUAGACUCUGGUGUGAAUAGUGUCCACUUUCCUCCUGGAGCUUCUUCUGACAGUGCAACAUCAGAAUCUGUAAUAGCACUAGAUGAAAACCCAGAAACUGUUGACGUAACUUACGAAAACAACCCAACUCAACCUGUGUCUUCCAACGAGACAUCUGCAGCUCCAGAUGUUGAGAAUCUACCUCUUGCUCAACGCAUACGAUCUCCUGAUCUUCUACCUACAGAAAGAAGUCCCUUGGAAAGAAGUCCUCAAGAGAGGAGUCCUUCAGUAAGGAGUCCCCUAAUAAGAAGUCCUGCUGAGAGAAGUCCACCAGAAAAAAGUCCUCCUUCCAAAAAACUAAAAACUGAACCUGUAGUACAAAUAGCUGAUGAAAAUUUGGAAGAGGAUGAGGGCAAUCUCUGCUCCAUUUGUCUGGAUGCCUGGACAAAUUCAGGUGACCAUCGACUUGUUGCUCUUCGUUGUGGUCAUCUCUUUGGGCAGCAUUGCAUCCUUCAUUGGCUGCAGAUUCAUAAAGCAAAUGACAGAAGAUGUCCUCAAUGCAAAAAGAAGUCAACUGUGAAGGAUAUAAGACCAUUAUAUGCUUCAAAAAUUCGUGUUCUUGAUACAAGUGAACAAGAAGCAUUAAAAGAAACAAUCAAGAAAUUAGAGCAGGAAAAAGAAAGUUUAACCCGUGAACUAGCCUAUGAAAAACAAUUACAUCAAGAAGCCAUCAAGAUUCAAAAUGAGCAGCAAUUGAAAUUGCAGCAACUUCAGAAUCAUGGCAUCCUAGGCCAUUCAGUACAUCUGCCUGCUACUUCUAAACAAGUUGCUGCCAUUGCUGCUCAAAUCAAGAUAAAUUUAUUGAGCCGAAUUGAAGUAUCCAGGCAUGGUGAUUGCCGUGUGCUGGCAUUCAACGAAUGGAAAGGAGUCUUGGUGGCUUCCAAUCGGUCUUCAGUUACUCCUCUAUUCCCCAACUAUGGGAUUAAACUGUAUGAUACAGAGGAGUUUCGUCUCUGUCAGACUAUUCCUUUGCAUAACAGUCAUAUCAGAGAUUUAUCAUUCAAUCCUCAUCGGAAAGAUUUACUCUUAAGUGUGUCUUUGGACAAAACUGCCAAAGUGUUUUGCACAUCAACUAAUGCACCUUUAAUGUCUCUUAAUGCUGAAGUACCCCUUUGGAGCUGCUGUUGGGAUGGCAACAAUUCAAACUUGUUUUUUGCUGGCAGUGGCAAUGGUGUCACUCUCCAGUAUGAUCUCCGAAACCUUCACAGUGAAGUUAGCCGUAUCACGACACAAGGGGAUGCAGGACCUGUCGUUUCUCUCAAUGCAAUCCCAGGUGGAUCUUGGUUACCAAAUGGAGGGUUCCUAUCUUGUCGUCUAAAUCGUAUAAGAGUUUAUGAGAGAACGAGCAACUCAGAAUUCAGAGAAUAUCCUCUGAGUAUAGAUGGGCCAUUUUUUGCCUUGAAUUACAACCACAAGUCUCAGCACAUGUUGGUGUCAACCAGGCCCACUUCACAAAGUCCACAUGUUCAGUACCAGCUGUACGAGGUUGGAUUUGCUGCUUCCCAGCCUCGUACAAACCUUGUACACACCUUUCUAGGUGGGACGAUUCAACGGGCUAUGUCAAGGCCAUGCCAAUUGGAGGUAGAUGGCAAUGUGAAAGACACAUUGAUAUGUGCCCACCAAGAAGCUGAAAGCCAUGUUGCAAUCUGGAGCAUGAAAAGUGGACAGAAGAUUCCAGCUGGACCUCUGCAUUGCUCAGAUCACGUAAAGGAUCUUUGCCCAAUCAACAUUAACAACCGCUCUCUUCUUGCUUCACUUACUGACAAGGCAUUAAGGGUCUAUCAGUUCUCAUCGUAAUUUUUUAUCUUUAAGAUGGAAUGAUCUCUCACCGAAUUCAUGCUUUAGUUAAGGCUGUUCAGAAUGUUUCAUUCAAUUAAGUAUCAAUCUCAAGCCAAAAAUGUGAAUUCACUUAGAUACUUAUUCUUUCUUUCAUAUUUAAAUAUUGUUUUGAAUUGAUGUUUAACCUCUUGACACACAAUGUGCUUCAUUUUGUUAUUCAGGCAUGCUUAUUAUACACUUCUACCAUUGGAAUCAGGUUUUGUGCUCAAUGUGUACAUUUGCUGAUUCAGUUUUAUCUACGUAUAUUUAUUGUCACAUAAUUUUCCCUUUAAAAAAAAGUACAAAAUUGCAUCUAAGUGUAACUAGCAAUUAAAUAGUUUUUCAAUCCAGUCAUUACUUUUUCUAAUAAGUUUUGCAUUAUUGUCAUCUAGGAGUAUGAUAUACAUUAUGUAGAAUUAUGAAUGAAACUUUAGUGGUCCUUCAUCAGUAUCAUGUACCUGCCAUUCCUCCAUUAUGAUGUCAAUAUCUGCAAGAUGAAUGCAGUGAAAAGCAAAUUUAUUUGAUGUACAAAAGAAAUUUCACUAUCUGUCUAAUAUUUUUUUAAAAGCAAUAAAUGUUUCUAUAUUGUG